UCAAGGAUGGCAACUAUCACCUGUAGCAACUGCAAGAUGCAGAAACAUAGGUACACCUACUGCCCUCAGCCCCUGAAGCCUCAUCUGCAGGCAAGAAAGGACAAGCACAAGACAACCAGAACUCACUACCAUGGAGCUGGGGGAAGUUCUACUGCUACUGCACAGCCUGCAACCAGUGCACCACCUGCUGCAACUACUAGGGUUAGAAGAACAACUGCUACUGGUCAUUCCCAGCCUGCUACAUCUACCAGGGGAAGAAAAUCAACUGCUGCUUCUACUGGUCCUGCCCAGCCUGCUGCUUCUACAAGGCCAAGAAGAACAACUGCUGCUUCUACAAGGGCAAGCAUCACCAUUGAUGCUUCUACUACUUCCCAGGCUGCCACAAGAGCUUCAGGUUCAAGCAAUGCAGCCAGCAGGAGAGGUGGAAGGCCCUACAUGGCACCUAGGGCUGCAACUACAACAGAGGGAGCAACAGUAGGGUCUAAAAGGAAGAGGUUCCAGAACACCAGGAUGAGGGGUUACUUUUAUGCCAGUGGCAACUAG